AUGGAUUUCUCGACUUUGUCGAAUUCAGAACUGUAUUGGAAUCCUUGGUCCAGUACAGAGCAGUCUACCAUAAUUGCAACCGAGCAGCCAAUACGCACGGAGCCAGAAACUACCGAGAAUAUCUCUACAACUACUACAGUCGAUACAGAGGCGGUAGUACAAGAUGGCGACGCUAGUAUCAAACCUGAUGACCCUCCUCCUCGAACAGUUGAAGAAAAAGAAGAAGAACAUAACAUCACAACUGUAGACCUACCUCCUCAAAAGGAUGCAGAAGAACAACCCAUCGAUGAUGUGACCCCACCUCCUCAGGAGAUCCAAGAGCCAACCCCCGAACCCAUGGACCCGCCUCCCCUAGAGGUUAAAGUAGAGGCACAUAUCUCUCCACCGACACCUCCAUCCCCGCCGCCCCAGAAAAAACCCUUUGUAGGGAUAAAAUCUUUUCGAGUCCAAGGCAUCCCUAAAUCCUGGGCCGAAGACAAAUUCGCCCAUUACCUCGCUUCUCAAGGCAUCGACCCCCAGAACUUUACCGCCUCACUCUAUCCCUCCUGCUCCGGCGCUGACGUGAGUCAAACCGCGGUUCUGAACCUGAAGCUGCAGGGUCCACCGCCGGAGCUCGUCAAGCCUGUGGUGGAGAAUGGGAAUGAAUCAGUAUUUGUGGAUGUGCCGGAACAUGUAGCUGGUGAAAAGGGCGUGCAGUUCGAGAUUGACACACAUUUUUACGAUUUGACGCCUUUGAACACCCCAGAGGAGGAACAGGAUAUCGUUGAUAUCGUUGCUGUGACAGGCCUUGCAGGGCAUGCAUAUGGCUCUUGGAAGAGCCGGAAGACACAGAAGAUGUGGCUUCAGGACUUCCUUCCGAUUGAGCCUGAUAUUCGACGAGUUAGGAUAAUGACCUAUGGGUAUAAUACCAAGCUUAUCGAGAAUACAGUAGAUGAUGGGAUGGUGGAUUACCGGCGGCAUUUCAUCCAGCAAUUGACCAAUUCGAGAGAUUCACCUGAGAAAAAAUCGAGACCAAUCAUCUUCAUUGGACACAGCUUAGGUGGUAUUCUGAUAGCACAGGCGUUGGUACAUUCGAAGAAUAUCCAACAUAGCCGACAUAUCCUUGACGCAACCCACGCCGUUAUAUUUUUUGGAACCCCACAUAAGGGUCUUAAGGUCUCGCAGCUAGAAGACAUGAUACAAGACAUAGAGAAGAACUCGGAUUCGACACGACUCCAUCUUCUCUCGCAACUAAAAGAGAGCUCACAGUCGCACUGGUUAGAGGAACAGCGUGAUCACCUUGCUGAUGUGUGGGCGAAUAUCGGGAUUGUUAGCUUCUAUGAGACGGAGACAACACCAACUGUUGCGAAGUCUGAAUCGGGCGUGUAUGGGCGCUUUGGGGAAGAAGUAGAAAUGGUGACGAGAGUGUCUGCACAGAUGGGAUUUCCUAAUGAGUUUAGAAUACCUAUUGGACGGAGCCAUACGGAGAUGGUGAAAUUCCCGUCAAAGAUAGAUCCGGCAUAUCGAUCUCUGGUAUCACAUGUUGUCACUUUCCUACACGAGAUUAAGUCAAUCCAAGAUAGGAAAAGAUCAAUCAAGAAAUUUAAAGGUCGCGAUCGUAAGGCGGAGCGGGAUUUUCUUAAAAAUUUGGCUGUAAACCUCUUGUUGAAGCGGUGA